UCUAUAUAAGGUUUUAUUUUGACCCCCAUAGAACGGGUAGAGACUGUCCCCCUUCCCUCACUCACUGUACUUGUACCGUACGGGGGAAAUAAUAAUAUGAUAAUGAUAAUUUUGAAGUUUGGUUUUGUUUUGCCGUUGCAACGGAACUUGCAGGCAUCGUGAAAAUCGUCACCAACCCUCUUCCACUUGCACUCCGUCCCUUAAAUUUAGACUAUCUCUCCUCCGUCCAUCUUUUCACCCCACUCCAAUCAAUCGCCCCUCCAACAGUCCACACCUGAAGACACUUACCUUAUCACAAUGUUCAGAUCAGCCGCCGUUCGUGCCUGUAGGGCAUUGUCCACUGUCGCCGUCACCACUCGUGUUUCCGCUCCCGUACUGCUCGCUCGGCCAAUUCUGGGGCCGCAGUUUGUUCGUCCGUCUGCAGUUGCCGGGGUCGUCGUCGGUGUGCGACACUACUCUGCCCCCGCCACUUUGUCGAAGACCGAGGUUGAGUCCAGAAUUGUAGACCUGUUGAAGGAUUUUGAUAAGGUUUUCUUUGUUUCUACCUUUGAGUGUGCAAUUCAUUACUGAUUGCCGGCUAUCAUAGGUCACCGAUAGGACCAAGGUAUAUCUUGCUUUGUGGAAUGGGAGAGACUAGACCUUCAAUUGACAUGCGAAAUAGGUCACUGGCACUUCGCACUUUGCCAAAGAUUUGGGAUUAGACAGUCUCGAUACCGUCGAGGUCGUGAUGGCUAUCGAGGAGGUUUGUCCUAACGUCUCUACCCUUGGAUAGUAGCUGAUAAUAUCGCAGGAAUUCAGUAUUGAGAUUCCCGAUAAGGAUGCGGAUGCAAUCCUGAGCGGUAGGUAGAUCCGUGGUUUAAGAACAAGAACUUAAAGGUACUGACUUGGAUGAACAGUUGAACAAGCUGUGAACUACAUCCUUGCUCAGCCCGACGGUUCGUGGACCCAUUCUCGUCUACCGGUACCCUGAGUCAUCGCUAACAGUAAUGCUUAUAGCUCACUAAGUUACAUUCAUUGGUCUGUUUUGGCGGUAAAAAAGAAAAAAAGCUAGUCUCGUCGGCUCUUUUAUAUUCCAUCUUCUCUGUAUAUGUCUCGUCGCGUGGGAUAGUGGGUGUUGUUGGAUGAUUAGAGGAACUAGGAUUUCCAGCAUUCAAUUAAGAAAAACUCCCCUUGUUCAGGUGCGAUCUACUGGCCAUCAGCCAUUGCGAACCCGGAUGGGUGUUGCCACCGCGGAAUCUCUCGACCUCUCCCCCGCCAUUGCCCCUCUGGAUUACGGGUUGAGUUCGAUCUAGUGCCCCUCCAAUGAGAUGAAUUGUCUUGGGACGCCGGUUACUGUAUCACACGAUCGUGCAGUGGCUCUGAUCAUGAGCAGUGAUGGUAGCUGCAACUGGCUCGACUCCAACCCUGAUUUAUGAAUCCAGUGGUUCUCAACCUGGUGGGGGAAAACUUGUGUUGAUCUGUGAAUGUCGGAUUGGAAUAAUUAAUCCAUAGAAGUCAUGUUAUGUUUAUUGAAAGGCUGACUAAAGUCUGCCUGAUUCACAGCCACAC